GGCGGAGUUGGAUGAAGCUGAGUGCCAAUGCUGAGGCGUUGCGAGAGGACGAGGGGCUUGGACUUGUCCCAUUUGGCCGAAGGAGCCAUCACAGGCACGACCGCGAGAGGGGCGGCACGAGGCUGUGAUGGCUGCCUCGCGAUACUACAAUUUGGAAGACGACGACCACGUGGAGCCUACAGUAGAAUACCGUGCCUCAGCUCUCCUCCAGGCAUCAGUGACCCGAUAUGCCUCCGGUGAUCCUAAAUAGAACUCAUCACGGGCAUUACAGUUCUUUUCGCCAUCCCCGCUCGGUGGUUCUAUGUGCCUCUUUCGUCAAAUGGGUACACAGCGAUUGCUCGUGGCGAUGAAUGCCACCGCCUCACUUGCUUCAUCAUUCGAUAUGAGUUGCUCUGCUCUUUCUAUUCCCCAGGUACCCUGGCCGAUCGACCAGCUCAAGCGCAAACCCCGCAAUCGAAUGGCGCCUAUGCAGGGUAUAUUUGUUUUCAAUUGUAUGAGCUCCAAGCUGGUCUGAUGGUCUCGAGUAUUCAACGUGUAGCGGAUGAAGGGAAGUGCUAUAGCAGUCGUAAGCCCAAUUGAAAAGAUCACAACGCCGCAUGUCCUGGACGACUCUGUUGCUCGCAGUUUCACAUUAAGCACUCAAGAUUUCAUCUUCACAAACAUACAAUGGGCGACCCAGGAGUUGACUCUCAGAAUCCAGAGCGAGUCAUCAAGACCGAUCUGUGGCAGUAUGGCCGCCGUCGACGUGACGACGGUCCGUAUGCAGAUGGGCUUGAUAUCGAUGUGCUCAUCAUCGGCGCUGGCUUUGGUGGAGCAAUGAGCUUGAUUGAGUCGAGGAAGAACGGGUUCAACACUGUGCUGUACGAUGCUGGGCAAGGCUUUGGAGGUACCUGGCGAUGGAAUGUCUAUCCGGGCGCGAGAGUGGAUAGCCCAGUGCCGAUCUACGAGCUCUCGAUCCCCGAGGUGUACAAGGACUGGUAUUGGACCACGAACUACCCAGACUGGAAAGAGUUGCAAAACUACUUUGACCACAUGGACAAGGUACUCAAUCUGAGCAAAGACUGCGCUUUUGAGACUGUUGUCGUCUCCGCAGAGUUCGAUACCAACGAAGCAAAGUGGACGGUGAAGACCCAAGACGGGCGUGUUACCAAGGCCCGUAAUCUCAUCGUGGCUGCGGGAUUCGCUGCGAAGCGAUAUAUUCCCGAUGUGCCAGGCCUCGACACCUUCAAGGGUGAGAUUCACCACAGCUCAUUCUGGCCAGCCGAGGGCGUUGACUACAAGGGCAAGAAGGUGGCGGUCAUUGGGACAGGAGCAUCCGGAGUCCAGAUGAUACAGGAAAUGGGACCAGAAGCAGAGCAGCUCACCGUCUACCAGCGCACACCGAACCUUGCUCUGCCUAUGGGUAAACGUGAUUUGAGCAAGGAAGAGCAAGAUGGACUCAAGCAAGACUACCCGUACAUCCACGCCUACCGAGAAAGGUGCUUUGCUGGCUUCCAUUAUGACCUCUGUGAACGCAAUACCUUCGAGGAUGACGAACAGGAGCGCGAAGAGUUCUUGGAAAGUUUGUGGGCCAGGAAGGGCUUUGCCCUCUGGCUUGGAGGCUACAAGGACUACCUGGCCGAUGACAAAGCCAACGACGUGGCCUACAACUUCUGGCGUAAGAAGCAGUCUUCCCGCGUCACGAACCCGGAGAAGAAGAAGCUCCUCUUUCCUGAACAGAAGCCGCACCCGUUCGGUGUCAAACGUCCAUGUCUCGAACAGAACUUCUACGAAGUCCUCGACAGAGACAACGUCAGCAUUGUGAACAUCAACGAACAAAACGGCACACCUAUCGAGCGGUUCACGGAGAAGGGCAUCGUCGCCAACGGCAAAGAAGUCGAGUUCGACAUCAUCGCCCUAGCCACAGGUUUCGACGUCGUGACAGGAGGCAUGACGUCCAUGGGACUCAAGUCCAUCCACGGAACCUACCUCAGCGACGAAUGGAAAGAUGGCGCAAACACUUUCCUCGGAACCACGAUUUCCGGCUACCCUAACCUCUUUCACUUGUACGGACCUCAUGGACCUACACUCUUGUCGAAUGGUCCCUCGAGUGUGGAAAUCCAGGCUCGGUGGAUCCGAGAUGCCAUUAAGAAGAUCAAGAAGCAGAAUCUGAAAUAUGUGAAUCCGACAAAGGAGGCGAGUGAUAUGUGGAAGCAGAGGAUCCAGGACAUUGCCAAUGGGACGCUGUUUCCCACGACGCGAAGUACGUACAUGGGCGGCACUGUGCCGGGGAAGAAGUUUGAGAUGACUUGUUAUGCUGGUGGGGUGGAUGCUUAUGGGCCGGAGAUUCGAAAGUACCUCACUAAUUGGGAGGGAUUUGAGGUUGUCAAGGCUUAACGAGCAAUAAGGUGGAUGUUUGGAUAUGUUGGUUGUUUGAUCGAGUUGUCCUGCGAUUGCUUGUAUACCUUUAUGUAUUAGGUACUGUAUGUCUAGU